AUGGCUUGUGCAGAAGUUGGGGUUGCGGAUGGGCGAGCCGCCCUCUUGCCGGAAGGCGCGAAACUUCCUGGAGGAUUCGCGGCUUGUUGGAUUGUUGGAUUCCCGCUGUGGACAGACGGAUAUAUCCUUGAGGAAAGAUAUAAGAAGGAGGAAGUCGACGAAGUUCAAUAUCCAUCCAAACAGCAGCAGCAGCAGCAGCAGCAGCACUUCACUUUCCUUCUCUACUCCUUCAUAUUGAUCACUGCCGGACAAGCAGGCACGGCAAGCGCCUUACCCGAUCCCCUCAUCCACAUCCUGACACUCCACACACCCUCAGCUCUGCCGUGCUCCUGGCGGCCAAAGAUCGCCACCAUCCGACUCGGUGCUUUUGGAGAGAAGGCGAGGCUUUGGCGCCGAGUUGCUGAAAGGAGCUGA